AUCCCCUCCCGCUCGCACAAUCGACGCCCACUUCCGCCGAUCCGGCCGCCGUCUCCCGCACUGCCCCCACCUCAACCGCCGCUGCCGCCGAUCCUGCGGUCUCGCCUCGCCUCGCCGCCCUCCGCCUCCGCCUCCCUCCCGCCCCUCGCCGUCUUCCGCCUAUCCCCGCCGUCGCGGCCCCCUCACUUCCCCACCUCCACCGCCGCUGCGCCGAUCCAUCAUCCUGCUGCCUCGAUCCAUCAUAGCUGCGCGCGCUCCGCCGUCGCGCCUCCACCUUCCCCUCGAAAGCAACUCGCCUUCUCCACUGGUGGCCUCCGCCUAACCCCGUCGCCGCCACUAGUGGAUCGCGACCGUGCCGACAGAUCACACACAUUUCAGAGUUAGUCUCCACACCAACGUUGUCGUCACUAUCAGAUUGUAGGCAACCAACCAACCAGUCCAGGGGCCCCAGGAGUCCAGGCUUGCUUUUUGAAAACCCUUACCUACUCCACAAGCAAUUAUGAGAAUUGAGAUGUUGGAAAAACUCUGUGAAUAGUGUUUGAACUUUUCGAAAAGGCCAUAAAACCCGAGGGUUCAAAGUGAGUCAGAAGAACUGUAUCCAGGGGAUUAAAAGCAGCGGCCUUUGGGUUGUUGCUUGGAGUACCAAACUUCGGAAGGGUUCGUCAGAUCACUAAUGGAGGUUUGCGCCGCCCGCGCCCCAGGCAAGAUUAUCCUUGCCGGCGAGCACGCCGUCGUCCAUGGCUCAGCCGCCGUCGCCGCCGCCAUCGACCUCUACACGCGCUGCUCCCUCUGCCUCAUGCCCCUCGCUGACGACGAGGCGGCCGCCACGUUGGAGCUGGACCUCAAGGAUCCUGGCCUCACCUUCUCGUGGCCGUGCGGGCGCCUCCGCGAGGUGCUGCUGACAGAUGAGGCGGCGGGGGCACGGGAGGCGAGGCCAUGCUCCCCGGACCGGCUGGCCUCCAUUGCCAGGCUCUUGGAGGAGCACGAGAUCCCUGAGGCCAAGAUCUGGCUCUCCGCCGGUCUCUCUGCCUUCCUCUUCCUCUACACCUCCAUAUUGGGGUGUAGACCCGGGAAGGUGACGGUGAGCUCGGACCUGCCCAUGGGGUCGGGGCUUGGGUCAUCGGCCGCCUUCUGCGUGUCGAUGUCGGGGGUGUUGCUGACAGCUGCCGGCGUGGUUACUGCAGUCGGCGGCAUCAGCGGCGAGGGCAUGGGGUGGGAGUUGGUCGGGAAGGAUGAUCUUGAGCUAGUUAACCGGUGGGCUUUCCAGGGGGAGAAGAUUAUCCAUGGGAAGCCUUCUGGCAUCGACAAUGCUGUCAGCACUUUCGGAAGCAUGAUCAAAUUCAAGAAAGGGGAAUUGACAAACCUUAAAUCUAGCAACCCAGUGAAAAUGCUUAUUACGGAUACAAGAGUUGGUAGGAACACAAAGGCUCUGGUUGCUGGUGUCUCUGAAAGAGCCUCCAGGCAUUCAGAUGCUAUGGCUUCUGUAUUCAACGCAGUGAACUCCAUUAGUGAAGAGGUGUCAAGCAUUGUUGAGUUAGCAGCUAAUGAUGAGAUAGCUAUCACCUCAAAGGAGGAAAAGCUGGCGGAACUCAUGGAGAUGAACCAAGGUUUGCUUCAGUGCAUGGGUGUUAGCCAUUCUUCAAUAGAAACUGUACUGCGGACAACAUUGAAAUUCAACUUGGUCUCCAAGUUAACAGGAGCUGGAGGUGGUGGUUGUGUUUUGACCCUGAUACCAACUAUGCUAUCCAACUUAGUUCUGGAGAAAGUCAUUGCAGAGCUGGAGUCGCAUAGUUUUCGCUGCUUUAAAGUUGAGGUUGGUGGACAGGGUCUUCAAGUUUGCCAAGGAGGCUGCUCCUAUUUUAAUGGAGAUGUUGUAUAAUACUUUGUAGUUAUGGAUUAGUCAACGGUUUGAGAUUUGUUCUUCACACUGUUUCUUCUAGAUUAAUCCAUUAGUUAUGUCCUUAUUUUAGCCCCGGGCAGUUCCUGUAUCAAAUAAUCCUACCGUCGCAUGAUUGCCCUUGGGGUUUGUAUCAAAUACAACUUUUUUGCUGAUGCAACUGUUGUACGAGGGAAAGUGCUAUGGUAGAUGUGACUACUACCUCCAAAUUUAUCUAUUUUAUUCACUUAUGAAGCAAGAGGCAACCCAUACAAUA